GUUCGCUCGGGGUCCGAGGUAUGAUCGGGAAGGAUCAUUGGAAGGAAUCACUUUCUUUUAAACGGAUGACAAGUACAAGGAUGCAAAAAGAGUGGGUAGUUGUUGAAAUGAAAUUCUCUGAUAAGCGAAAUAACGCUGGCCAUCAUUUGUACUGAAAAUAUGGUUUGUACUAUUUAUUGGGGAUGGAGAGUUGCUGUCUAAAACGAAGUAGCUGCAUGCAGUAAUUUAUUUUGCUCAUAUGCACAUUGCGAGCGACAGUUGCCUUUCUGUGCAAUAGUAAAUCUUUGCCUGCUGUAGUAAAAGUUAUUUAUUUUUAAGAAUACGCUACAAUUGCCUCAUUAAUCGUUCAUUUGUGGUCACGGCAGUCUAUCGCUUCAUAACCCAGCAGGUCCCGCGGGCAGCUGAGUUCCGCUGUAAUUUGUUUUAUGAUCUUGUUCUAAGAUGCGCUCAUACAGCUCUAGGUUUUCCCGGUAUAGUGACCAGAGACUGAAUUUGGGAUCGCGGCCACUUUUCUUGUACUUUUGAUAGUAUUUUGUUUUUCGCAACCAGAGCUCGCACGCCACGUCCUGCUUUCUGUAGUGAACUAGUGCAAAUGUGACAACAGUCGUUGCGAAUCUACGGCUUAGAUAUCAGCCUCUGUGACUGUGGUUAACCAGUUAACGUGACGUCGGCGCUGGGCUACUUUGUUUAUCAAAAAAACACACUAAUACCUCCGGCGCAAAAAAAAACGCUCCCGAGUGAAUAGGCUACUGCUUUUUUUCUGCGUUCAUUUAAUUCCAGUGGCUACUACUUAUGUUUGUUUGUUUUUUUCCACGAAAACACAUAUAAAUUUGUGUUUUCGAUGUAGGUAAACAGGAUCUACACUUUGACCUACCAAGAAAUUACAUUUUUAUUACAUUGUGGUCUUCAGAUAAUGUACAUGAGAAAUCGGAGGUUGCCUUAAGAGAGACGAUGCUUGGAAACCGCCGCGGAAUAUCGAGGCUAUACUGUGCGACGCAAAGAGAUACUUGCUCGGCUGCUCAGUAAGCAGCAUGUCAUCGGAAAGCGGAGCCAAGCGGCGUCCCGAAGCGAGCCGGACCAGAUCGUACGGCAGCCUGGCGCACUCCCCCGUCUCCCCGGUGCGCCUGCGGCAGAUACAGCAUCAUGUGCAACCCGGAGAGACGCUCCAAGGACUUGCGUUGAAGUAUGGAGUAUCAAUGGAACAAAUUAAAAGAGCUAACAGACUGUACACCAACGACCCUGUAUGCCUGAAGAAGUCUAUCUCCAUCCCAGUGCUGGCUGACUUUGAUGCAUUCACCAAUGGAGGCUCUGCUGAUGAGGAAAUGGAUCAGUCAUGUUCUAAUAAACGCAAGGAGGGUCAGGCUAAGCACAGGAAGCCGGCUGAUGUGAAGGAGGAGGAGCGAGUAAGACCACCAGAGAGUCCCGAACUCUCACCGAUGGACUUCCUGAAAAGAAUGGAUGCUCAGAUCAGUCAAUCCAAAAUGGCAGCUGUUAAGAAGAUCCGCGAAGGACAGAGGGAAUUUGCAUGUAUAGAAGACUCUCACCCUUAUGGAGCCUCAUCGUAUCCGGCAACUGGUAACGCAGACGCCGCCUGCUGUACCGCAAACCAGCGAGCUAUGCUGGGAGCGGUCCCCCUCACCAUCACCAAGCGUGCCACAGUGCUGAAGGACCAUGAAGAUGAGAUCUUCGAGCUGUGACAGAUCGCAUGUUCGCUGGAGAUGGCACUUAACAGAGCAAAUGUGACAGUUCUUGUGGGUGGCUGGGUGUUUUUGUUUUUUUUUUGCUGAGAAUUGUGUGACGUCAUUGACCCAUCAAUAUUUUUCUGAUCAGUAAAUACUGUAAUAUUUAUUACUGUCUUGAAUCUCUCGAGGGCCUAUUGUUACCACGGGUUUUCCGUCCGAAUUUGAUGCCUUAAUUUUAAGUAUAAAUGGGCAUGCACAUUUCAGUUAGAUGUAAUAGGAAAUGCGUGCAUUUUAAUGUCUUGAAGAUACAUUUCAAAAUGCAUUCUACUUCUUACAUAUUUUGAUUUAAAUGCAGAAAAAUACUUUAUCCCAUGUGUACCUAAUUGGAACAUAAUUAGAAAUGUACUAAUUGUUUUGUUUACCAGUAUUACCUGACUGCUAAAAUUAGCAGGAAAUCUGCUGACCUUAAUCUUGCAAAAUCUUAUCCCAGCUGUCUCCCACCUAUAGUCUAUAUAUAUAUAUAUAUUUGUUUUAAUUUCCAUUGAAAUUAGUUCAAAAUUAGUUGAUUGAAAUAGUGACCUGAAGCUGCUGUAAUAUUGAUCCUGCCAUUCUGAUUUCUGCUGAAUGGGAUGGCUUAUGGCAGGUGGAUGAUAAUGUCUGUUCACUUCUGAUUGUAAGGCUCAGUACUGUUUUGAGUCUGUGUGGGUCGUGUGAUUUUGUCGAGUAACUUUGUUGCAUUGCACGUCCACCUUGCGAUGUGGAAUUUGUUGACGUGUUUUUCGACACUAUUUUUACAACAUGUCCUCUGAGGAAUUAAGCAUAGCGAGGAGCUGUGAAACAAGUUGGGAGCGUAAAGGUCAAAGACGGUGAUGAGAGACAAGAUUUUGAAAUGCUUGGUAGCUGGAAAUAUUGUGCACUGAUAAGAAGUUUGUUAAAAGACAUUGGUGUGUUUUUUAUUGGCUAAACCAAGCAAAAACUGAGAGUGUAAAUUUUGAAUACUGUGAUCUUCAAAGCCCCCUUUCGACCAUAAGUGUGAAAGACCAGCCUUGCAACAAGUCGAUGGGGCCAUGAUGUAUUUGCUUCGAAUUAUAGUAACUUGAAUAUUGAUGAUGAUAAUCGUUAUUAUUCUUUUAUUAUAAAUAUGAACCAACCGUACGGCUCUCCGGAGUAGAAAUUCCUUCGACGUAUGUUGUGGCAAGUAAUAUUGCCAAAGCAGAAUGUGCAUCCCUUUCCUUAGUAAUAUCAAUACAGGUUUCAUAUGAACUUUUCCCUGUCAGUCUCCCUACCCAUAAUGACCUUCAUAUAAAGGUGUGCUGUUUAACGACACACUUAAGGUUACGUUGUCUUAUUUAUUCACAGAGAAUUUAAGCUAUUUUUCACACUGGUUAAUGACACUGUCCAUGUUGAGGUCUUUGAAUUUUCAAUGUAAGAACCUUGAAAACUCAUAACAUUGUGAGAUAGGUGCCAAAUAGUCUAUGCAAAUAUUGAUAACAUAUCUUAAUUUGAAAAAUGCCAAUUAUUACCAAAAACUGCUUGAGAUCUGUAUAGUUUUGAAACUUCAAUAAAGUAUUACCAAUCCUG